GCCGUUUUUUCCUGAGCUGUGCUGUUAAUCGCUCUUGCUUCUUGCUUCCUUCCUUGGAACUCGGAAACAUGGAACAUGUCUUCAUCAUCAUUCCAUCGGCUCUCGGGUAGUAGAAUACCUUGUCAUCGGCACCAUUGACCUUGCUGUUGUUAGCGGCGUUAUGCCUUGCUAGCUAGGCAUUCAUCAAGUUAGACAAGGGAAUCUUCUCUGACUUGAGGCAUUCCAAGUUCCAAGACACAGCCUACCGUAGGUGCGUCUACCCACCUCGCUAUCCAGGGAAGAACAAUUGUAGCAAACGGAGCUUUUCUUUGUGUUUCCGUUGUGGCCAGAGGAAAGAGGAUAUCAUUAUCAAGCUGGCACGAAGAUUACGGUAGCUUGAGAUAACAAUUCACGAGAAGAAAAGAGAAGAAAAGUGCUACCAUGCCCCAGUUGGAACAGAUUGCAGCGACUUUUGUGGCUGGGUUUUUGGUUCAUUCUAUUUCCAUUUUGUUGUUUGGGGUGGCCUUGAAGCUGAGAUCUACGCACAUUGCCCCCAGAUGUGAAGCCAGACCCCGCAAUGUCAUUUACAACCCAAAUCCAGAACACUCCUCGCAAGAUAGGGGAAACCCCUUUUUGGGAUGGGUGCCGUGGGUCUUGAAGCUGAGUUACGAAGAAAUGAUGAGAGGGAUUCCAGGGACAGGGACACGACAGGGAGGAAUGGCAGGGAGUCUCUUGAGAGUCAACUUGGAUGAUGUCGUCAUGCUCAGAUUUCAUUCCUAUGGAUUGAGAGUUACCACCUUGGGGUUGUUCAUUUACACACUCAUUCUGCUACCCCUCUAUUGGACUGCUGGUUGUUCCGAUGCACCCUCAUCCGAUGAAGCCAUUAAGAACCAUUGCACCAAUCUCACCAACUACGAUUGGACCACUCUGGCCAACAUUGAACCAGAAAUCGAGUUGGGAAAAAUUAGUGUCGUGGGACUAUCCAUACGUCUUUACAUUGUCGUUUUCUGCUCGUGGUUUGUCAAUUGGUACGCUUGUUAUGAGCUAAAACAGGAAUGGAAGGAUAUUCUAGCCAUGAGACGAUUCUACUACCUUGAAAGAGAUCACUGGAGAGAAAGGCAAGCAGAAGAUCAGGAAGCCUCGCCACGAAGCUCACAAUUCAACGCGCGAAAAUCUCAAAGCAUGGCUUACAGGCGAAGAGUUUCCUCCAUGUGGACUGCCAGCGCUAAGAAUGACAAGACAAACAACAACUACAAGGAACCAGACUAUGUCAAUGAAAGAGAUCCGUGGAUUCCACAUCCAGAGUAUCGUGAUACUCCACCCUCCGUCGCAUUGUGGUCCGUGCUGGUGGGAAAGAUCCCAUCCAAACCAAAAACUCAUCGAUGUGAGGAAAACGAUGACGAUGAGGAAGACCCAGAAUCACCCAAUAGUGCGCAUUCCAACAGGGAGUGGCAGCUGUCUGUUACCAGCGCUUUUUUUGAUCAUUGUAUCCCCAAUCAACCGGGUUUCAGUUCCUCAGUUGCUGCUGUAACAAUCUUGCCAAACGCUGCGGAACUGGCGGCGGCUUGGAGAAAAUGGUAUGCUGCGGCUUCAAAACUACGUCGAUUGCGAUUCAUUCGUAAACAGAUUCGACUCAAACGUCACUACGACAUUGAAGUCGACGAAGAAAAUGCUGAAGGACAACCGCCUUCGGAAGCGUCCUUGGGAGAACUUUCGUCGCGACCGUCGCGACGCAGCCGAGCUAAAGCCAGAUUCACCAUAUCCGCGGUGGAGGAUGUUCACAAUCGUAGAAUUCUCGGAUCGGCCAUGGACGAUGACGUGGAGGAACUCUACUUGGAAGCCCUCGAUUUUGGACCUGAACAAACGGCCGUGUACAUUCGGGAAUUUGCACAAUCAGCUGCGCCAUGUUGUCCAAAUGGGUGCUUCGAAGGAGCCGUGACGGGGGCCCGGAUUGACGAAUUAGUGGAAUUGGAACAGAUUGCGAUGGAAGAGGUCCAAGCUGCAAAUGACGCCCUGGAAAUGGCUCGUUUGAAUGCAGUCAUGGAUGCGAGUCUCAAGGAAGCAAAUGAAGGGGGGCGUGUCAGGCUCAGGGACGAAGUCAUUGAUGAGGACGAAGAGUUUGAUUUGUCGAGGAUGCGUAACAAUUCACCAAUGCAAAAACGGCCGUCAGCCAUUAAAAACAUGGGUCUCGCAGAGAUUCCUUUGGACCUUUCCGCCGUCAGAAAACUCGUGAAGAGCGAUACAAUCCAAAAUCUCAUGGGAAAAGACGCCAGUGUGCCAACCGAAAAGGGAAAGGGGGCGAAAGCUGAUAUGAUGUCGUCGGCGUCGGAUAAACUUUUCUUGGAAGAUACAAUUUUGCAGCGAUUGACUUCCAAGGAAAAAGGAAAGGUGACGGAAGAAGAAGAACUGCAUGCUAGCACUACGAGAAGAGGAGGGAUACUGACUCGUUCCCAGUCAAGCCCAGUAAUGCACAAACUGGCAGGACUUCCCGGUGCAUCUCGACAAGUUCUGUCAGAUAGAAAGUCGGAAUGCGGUUUCCUUCCUAGCAUCGUAGAUGAGGAUUACCAAGAUUCCGAUCCCGACGAGAUGGAGGAGCAUGCCCCUUUAUCUGGUUCCCUCGCAUCGCAUGCCGACGAGGAAGACGAAGUAGAGGGAAAGCAAGAAUCCGCUGAGGCCCAUGUCCCUCCUUCGAUUGAACCCCCAGAGGCGACAGAAGAAGAAGACCUUCCCGAGGCAACGUUUACAAGUGAACAAUCCGUCGAAAACACUCUCAAAAUCGACCCAUUGUCGUCACCAGAAGGAGACUCAAUGCCGGCGAGGCCACGCUUAAGAACCAGCUCGAGAAGUUGCAGGCAGUCACAAACACCGUACGAUCCGCUGGACGCUUGGGCGCUUGUUGAUGCACUAGCUAUGAACUCUCAGGAGUACGACGAAAAGGGAGAUGAACACCUCGGCAAGGAAAGAAGAGUGCUGUCCGAGGGGAACUGGGAGCUGUCGUCGGUGGCAGAAUUCGUUAUGAUGUUUGUGAAGGGAAUAAGACAUUUCUUGCGUUGGACGACCACCAAGUCAAAUGAGGCUGUGAAUGAGGCCGUGGAUAUUGUGGCGGCAGACAGUACUUAUGCCGUUGUAACGUUUACCUCGAGACAAGCCGCGGUUGCCGCUAGAAAGGUGUUGGCCGAUGGCAGAGGGUCAAACAGAUGGAUGCAGUUGGAUACCUUGCCAAUUCCCCCUCUUGCUGACGCGGCGGCAUGUGACCCGAUAACAUGUCGGGGUUGCUGCCGACCGGUGACGCUGUCCAUAAACGACAGACAGAAAACAUAUCGAUGGUACUUGUCCCUUGGGGCUCUUUUUGGGAUAUACUUCUUUUACACACUUCCUCUGACUGCGGUUUCAGCGUUGGCGAACGACGAACAUUUGACCGCGCUAUUUCCAGGGCUGAGUGAAAGUAGCUUCUUGAACUCAGCGUUGCUUUCUUCCUUGUUUGCGGCUUUGAUUUGGGCUGCCUUUUUUGCUGUCUGUCCCGUGAUAUUCAAGACAAUUGCAAACGUCGGCAGCAAUGCAAACAGUACAGUGGAGGCUGAAUUCUCAGCUCUGAAAUAUUUUUGGUGGUUCAUGGUUGUGUCAGCUUUCUCUGGAACCUCUCUGCAACGCAUGAUCUUGGAAGGUUUCAACGAUGGAAUUUCAAUCGGGAAGGAGUUUCAAGAGGUGAUGAGAACCAUUGCAUCGACGAUUCCCACUCAGGUCUCUGCGUCAUGGAUCAAUUGGAUCAUUGUGAAGACUUCCGUGACCGCGCCGCUCUCUUACAUGCUACAGGUGAACACUUACUUGUUAAACUGGUCCCAAUUGAAAUGCUGCGCCAGGGCUGUGAAGGGCGGUGGACCAGGUGGGCCGUUGCCGUUCCGCGUUUACGUUGACUCAGGAGUGGUUCUUUUGUGCCUCUUCGCUCUAGCUCCAGCGGCGCCGCUGGUUGCACCUUUUGCGUUUCUAUACUUCUUGCUCUCCACUCCGAUGCUAAGGCGAAAUGUUAUCUUCAUGUACAGACCCAGAUUCGAUGCUGGAGGUGUCCGCUUCCCCUUCCUCUUUGAAAUGUGCAUUAGUGGCAUGUUUGUGGGUCAGAUCCUGCUGGCCACCAUGAUGGGGCUAAAGAAGUCACUUGGUCCGUGUGUUUGUGCAGCGAUCGCUUUUGUCCCAACCUUGCUUUUUCGCGACAAUAUGCGGGCUCGCUACCUGCGAGCAUUCAAUGAUGUGGGCCUCUUGCAGACCUCCCUACUGGAUGGCUGGGACACUGCGUCUCCCGAGUCAUUUGGUGUCCGAGAAGAGCGACGAAAGUGGAUUGUUGAUUGUCACCGAGCCGCGUAUGUCCCAGUUUGCAUGGCUUCUACACAAACAGACGAGGUCUUGACUGCUGAACCAGCAGUCGUUGUGCCCACGAUGGAAGAAGCUGAUCCCAACCACAACAACAGUUUUUCAUCCCUCCCGAGCGAGCUUACUUCCAUGAAAGACAUGUCGAUGGCAGACUACAGCAUGAUGGAAAGCCGUCGAAUGAGCGCUAGCCAGUAUGGGGCUUCGCUAAGGAGAGCAAGUGCGAUUAUUUCGCCUACAGUGCUAGAAACGUUUGUCGACUGGAGCGAUGAAAUGGGUGGGAAAAGGAAACAGGAGAGUGAAGAAUUCGGCAACAGGCAUAGCGCUAGUGAAGAAUUUGGGAAGCGGAAAUCAACAUGAUCCUCCCAGGGAAAGGCUGGGUGCUGGAAAAGCAACCGAAUCAAAAGUGGCAGCAAACAGUCAAAGUGCACCUGGUGCUUCUACACAGCGGAUAGGCGAAGCUGGUUGGGACUAUUCAGCACUGCUGCUAUUUUUCUCCGCAGGAGCUUCUCCGUAGUCUUGAGCUCCUUGAACUACUUCGGAGAAGCUUGAUUGGCGCAACUUCACCAAGUUCUGUUGACCCAGCUCAUCGAUCAAAGUAUGAUGGAUCACAUCGCCGGCUUGAAGGCUCAGGAAUAGGUCGUAGCCAUCAACUAUAUAGCCAAACGGUGCAUACUCCCCACCAAGAAGCUUUCGUUUGCUGCUUGGAAGGCUCUCCUUCUGCAGGCAGAAAAAUUCAGACUACUCCAUUCAAACUUUUGUCUGGGUGAUUCAAAGCAACGAGGCCGGGUAUGUCAAACUCAGCAAGGAUUUGCCAUUUUCGCUGGAAACAGAUGCUGGUGUGUUGGAAAGUCCCAUCUGGUGUCCGAGGGUGAAUCGUCUUCUGCGUACGAAAGCUUGGGUGCCGUUUUGCCUUCCCCAACGCGGAUGAUCUCCAGAGGAAUACGGCGUAGCCUUGGGUGGGGUGAACGUGAUGUCAAAAGAGGAAAGAGGAGGCAAUUCUGCAGCGAAGCCUACUACAAUUUGGUCACAUACCUGGCUGUCAGGGGAUCAUAAAACCCUUCUUGAAAAGAGCCCAACAUAGAUAGUUGCAACUUCAAACUCUUUAUCUGAUCCCACCUUCUUCCGUGUCAGCUUGUUGGGGAGACCUGUGUAAAAGUUGCAGUUGGAUAGGUCCACAAAGUUCCCUAAGCAACGGAGAAGAGCAAAGAACAGGUCAAAAUUUUCAACCUCCAUGAAAGGCACAGGGUCCACAUAAGUUCAGCAUGACUAUACUGUACGUACCAGCGGUAAUGGGAGCAGCAAAUCCAUCUGCAGUGAUUGCAAUGAGAAUCGUCAGGAUGGUUGCAUGCACGCCAGAUACACGUUACAUCCUGCUCUUAACUGCAAUAAUUGUGAUGGUGCCAAGAACCUUUUUCUUUCUACGGACGGAGAAAGUUACUUUUGCUCUUCCAAGGAGUCUGGGCAAAUAACUGUACAAUCCCUCAGUCGGUACCUCAUACGGGAAUUGCCCCACGAGGAACUCUGCACGCGAACAAAGCAAACAACAGGAUUAGAAAUCUGGCACAGCAAAGCACUGUCCAGAGACAAGGACGCAGGUCUGCACCUGGUCUUUGUACUCACCUCCAAUUUCUGAUAGUGCCAGUAAGGCCUUCUUCUGAACUUGAAAGGUUUGGUUGUGUUUUGGGAGGACAUUGCAUUGGCGAGCUCAACCAAUUGGUUCCUGAAAAGCUCUAUCCUUCUUUCUCCACUUUCGCCUUUAAUAGAAAAUUUUUUAAGCUAGAAGUUAAAAGGAUGGGCCCCC